AUGGCUUUCAAAACGAUACGCACGCGCAAUAUUUCAGCUCACCAAGCUGCUAAAUGCGUCGCUGGCUUUAAAGCUAUCAUGGAAGCGACAAAGUUUUCCAGUAAACUUCCUUCUGGACAUUCUUGGGAUCUUUAUAAUGCAUAUCCAUCAUUUCAAAAAAUAAUGGAUUGUGAAGGACGAAGAAUCUUAGAAAUAAUGAACAUGGUACUUGGCCAUCAAGGAAUAAGGGGUAAUAUUGCAAUGCGAGACAUAGAAGAGAAAUACGACUUGCUUGUGGAAUGCAAUGAUACAGUUCUGGAACGGGUGGGCUAUAACUUGGAUGAACUUUCUGGAAUUCGACGAAAUCCUGAACCACUUCUUAUUGAAUCCACUGGAAAUACUACACGUGUAGUUAGUGGUGGAAGUUGGAAUCGCAAUAUUUCGGACUCAAGCAAAACUAACUCUGUGACCAAGGUUCCUUUACGACUGUUAACUGCGAAAAAUAUUGAAAGACCACAGAUAAAAUUUAAAGAUAAAAUUGACAAUAGUUCAAACCCUUUCGAACCUCGUAUCAGAGAAAAGCCAAAUGCUUUAAAGCCACUUUCUAUAUUAGUGGAGUUGAGUGAAACUGGAGAAUGUCAUCCAUAUGAAUAUGAAUUGGAUUUAUUUAAACCUCCAGAAGAUCAGUUAAAAAAGAAGUAUCCAGAUCUAGACAAGACACCUUUGGUGAUGGUAAAUACCCCUGAUGAUGUUCAGAAUCUUCUGAAUGAUUUGAAGAAAUAUAGAGAAAUAGCUGUGGAUCUGGAGCAUCAUUCAUAUCGCUCAUUCCAAGGCAUUACAUGCUUGAUGCAGAUAUCAACGCGGGACACAGAUUAUGUUAUUGAUACUUUGGAAUUACGUGACAAGUUGUAUGUUUUAAAUGAGGUUUUUACUGAUCCUAAAGUUGUCAAGGUAUUUCAUGGUGCUCUUUGCGAUGUUGAAUGGCUUCAAAGGGAUUUGUGUCUUUAUGUUGUAAAUAUGUUUGACACACAUUUGGCUGCAAGAAUGCUAAACUUUACUCAUCUCUCUUUGGCAUAUUUAUUGAAACACUACUGCAAUGUAGCUGUGAAUAAACAAUUUCAGUUGGCCGAUUGGCGAAUUAGACCUCUUCCCAAUGAGCUUGUAAAUUAUGCAAGAGAAGAUACUCAUUAUUUACUGUAUGUUUAUGAUUUAAUGAAAAAUGCUCUAAUUGAAGGAGCUAACGGUCAGACUAAUCUCCUACUGUCUGUUCUAGAACAGAGCAAAGAAGUAUGUAAGAGGAGAUAUGAAAAACCUUUAUGUACAGAGGACAGUCACUUGGAUUUGUAUCGCAAAAACAAGAAAAUGUUUGACAACAGGCAGAUGUAUGCUUUUCGCGAGUUGUACUUGUGGAGAGACAAAACUGCCAGAGAAGAAGACGAGAGCACUGGAUAUGUUCUGCCCAACCACAUGUUGAUGAGCAUUGCUGAUGUGCUGCCGAGGGAAAUGCAAGGCAUUUUAGCCCUCUGUAGCCCCAUACCUCCCCUUGUUCGGCAGAAUCUGGUGAAAUUGCAUCAGAUAGUCUUGAAAGCUCGAGAACAAUCACUAACAAGGCCUGUUAUGGAAGACGAGGCUCGUAUGAGACCAAUAGCCCAAGUAGUGUGGAAUAAGCUUGAUUUGGACAGCCCAUUGUAUUGUCCUCAUGACAUGAAGUACAGGCAGGAUUUUCGUGAAGAUCUGCCUACUGUUUUAAAUCCAUUGGGACAAUCCCUUAUUAAUGUGCAAAACUCAGAGCAAUAUCAUAAUCCAUCCCCGCACAUUACAUUGUUUGAUAGUUGCUCUGAAUCUGAGGCGGAAAGUGAAGAAUGUGAUACAUUGGACACACAAACAAGACAUUUGUUUGUAAGCCCAUAUGAACGUUACAAGAGUGCACGGCCCUUCAUUGAAGCUCAAGAAAGGGAAAAACAAGAAGCAUUAGAAGCUCAAGCAAGAGUUGCUGUAGAAGAAGCUGAUAGUGGAAAACCAAAUAAGGACUUGCAACAAGAAGUUAAAGAAGAACCGAUUGGUAAAAGAAAAAGAAUUAAAGAGGAAAAAGAUGACAACUUAGCUGAAGCUUCAACACCACAAAACAAAUCUAAGCAACCCAGAGUUGAUAAUAGUGAUAAACCCCUCCCUCCUCCCAAGGAAAAAAUUCAUGGUAAAAGAGAUAAUCCCACAGAUGAUUCUCCAGGACCUUCAAAGAAGAAAAAACUCAGUCAAAAAACACAAGGAGCAGGAGCCGAAAUCAAAACAUUAAGCGAGAAAAGCACUGAGGAGUCACAAGCGUUUGAUUUCAGCAAAGUGGAUUACAACAAAUUCCAAGGUGGCAGCACAAAGGAGUCCUCAAAACAGUCAAAGAACAAAGGGAAAUUCAAACCUAAGGGCAAGAAGUCAAAAUUUGUUGGAAAAACAAAUCAUAAAAGUUUCACAUUUGGAAGUAAAGGACGGUAGUGAAAACUGUUCUUUGUUUGCUGUGUUUGUGUGUUCCAUUAAUCAGCUAUAGCAUAUAGUUUAUUGUAAGUGUAUGUACAUGAUUAUAUAAGAAAAUAAAAUAAGUCUUAUUUUUC